CUCGGCGACGUCGACAGCCCCUCGACCGCCGCAACUAUGUCUGCGGCGCUUAACACCCAGGCGGACACAUCAGCACAAUCAUCUGGCACCGUCCCGGACAUCUCGCUCGGCUCGUUCACGUCUACAUUCUCAACCCCUGCCCGCAAGCUCCGGAUCCCCUCGGCUUCUACAGGAACAACCGCUGUUUCACCGCCAAACGGGUCAUUUGCGAAGCGGCGUGCGGAGGAGGCCACCCCCAUCUCGAAGCGCUUUGGACAUGCAGACGACGGUGAAGAAGAGGAUGGGGACGUCUUGGAUACCCCAGACGGGCGGAAGGGGUCAGAGCGUUGGGGUGACACGACGACGGACGUCUCUGCUCCCGGACGCCCCAAACGCACGCGGAGUGCGGGGACGAAAGGCGGGACGAACCUAACACUACGAGACCAGGAGAAGCACAUCGACGCGCUCAAGAAGGAGAACUUCAACAUUAAGCUCAAGGUGCACUUCCUCGAGGAGCGGCUCGCGCAGCUUGCCCCCGACCAGAUCGAUGCCGCGCUGAAGCAAAACAUCAACCUCAAGAUCGAAGUCCAACAGCGCGGCAUGGAAAUCAAGAAAUUGAAGAAGCUCGUACUCGAGCUCCAGCGUGAGCUUGAGCACUCGCAGCGCGCGGGCGGCGCCCAAUCGCGGGCACGCGAGCUUGAGGAGAAGCUAGCGGAGCGGGAGCAGGAGCUACGAGAGCUGAGGAGGAGGCGGGCAAUUGGGCCGGACGAUGGUGCUUCGAGGGAGCUGGAAGCGCGGAACGCGGAGCUGGAGGAGGAGCUGGGGAAUGUUCGUGGGCUGCUGGAGGAGAAUACUGAAGAGCUGGAAAGGCUGCGUGAGCUCGCCGAAUCGAGAGACGACCAUUCAUCACUCGGGAGCGAACGAUGGAGGAGACAGGCCGAAGAGUUGGAGGGCGAAAACGAGGAACUGCGGGCCCGCAUCGACGAGCUUGAGGAGUUGGCGGUUCAGAGGACGGACGAGAGGGACGACUUGGCAGAUGAGGUCGAGGCGCUAAGACUCGAGCUCGAGGAUUUGCAACGGCGACGCGAAGCAGAGUCAAUUGAGCGCAGCCAUAGCCGUGCCCAGAUCUUGGAGGAGCGCGAAGGCAGGGAAGCGAUCGAGGAGGACCUUAAUGCAGUUCGUGACAAACUUGCGGCAGCACAGAUUGAGCUCCAGCAAAAGGAGGACGAGAUCGACAUGAAGCACAGGGAGAUCGAGGAGCUCAUAGCGGAGCACCAGCGGAUCGUGGAGAGCGUGGAGGAAGAAUGGCGAGGGGAGGUCGACGAGGCCAAGGGCCAGAUGGAGGAGCUGCGCGACGCGCUCGAGCAGCGGGAUGCGGAGUGUAAAGAGCUACGCCUACACAUCGAUGAGUAUGAAGCAAACGCGGAGGACUUACACCAGAAGUUCGAGGCGACGCUCGUACACCUGGAGCGCGAAGCUGAAGAGAAGGACAACGAACUCGAAGCGGCCAACCGUGAUCUGGAGAAGAUGAGCAACCAGCUCUACGCGCUGGAAGAGGAGAACGAGCGGCUUAAGGAGGAGAUGGAGCGCGUGCGCGAGGACGAGGCGGACGAGCGCGACCGCCUUGAGCAGCUGAGUGCAGCACUCAAGCAGAAAGUCGCGCAACUGAAGGCCGACCUCCAGGAGCUGACGGAUCUCUAUAACACUCGCGAUGCUGAAGCCCAAGAGCAUCGUGCGCGCAAGGAGGAGCUCGCACAGCACAUUGAAAAGGUUGUGCAAGAGCUGCAGCGCGAACGUGCGGUGCGGGAGCGCCUCGAGGUCGACUUCGACAAGGCCGGGAAGGAACAUGACGAUGCCAUCCGGCAGGAACGUCGCGCUCUCGAAGCCAAGGAAUCGGCGCUCCAGUCCGCCCUCAACGAUCUUGCGCGUGCGCAAUCGCUGCUCACUCAGCGCGAGGCGGAUCUUGCCGCCGUGCAGACUGCCCUCCAGACCCUCGAAGCCGACAACAAGAAGCUUGGAGAGUCUCAUACAACGGCUAGAUUCUCCCUCCAACUCGAAGUUGACCGCCUGCGGCGGGAUGUGGAGCGACUCGAGGACGAGCUCGCCCGCGCGCGCAAGGAGCUCGAUGAUCGCGAAGGGAAGGGUCGAGAUCGCGACGGCGUCAUCGACAAGCUGUACGUAGAGAACCGGGAUCUCGCGACACAGCUUGCUGCCGAAACCCAAGCGCGCUUGAACUUGUCGGAGAAGCUCGACGGCACGCAAGCCUCCCUGCACACGGCGGAGUCGGAAACUGCCAACCUGCGGACACGCGUUGCGGAACUCGAGCAGCGACUGUCAAAGGACCAACGUGCACUGCUGGCUGCCGAAGCUCAGUACCGGGACCAGUUGACAGAGCGCAACACACUGCUCUUGACGAUCUAUCAAUAUAUGGAUAAGAUCGUUGGUGUCGACAAGACUCCGAAGAAGUACGGACAAGCGGAGACAAAGCCGUUCACGAACUUCAGCGUCUUCCACGACAAUCUCAUCACGCGUCUCAAGGCGCUCAGCCAGAUUCAGAGCGACUUCGAGAAGCGCGUCAAGGAGGCGGAGCAGCGAUACAGCGACAAGCUGAACGACAUGCGCAAGCAGCUCGAUCUUCGGUGGAAGCAGAUCGACAAGUUUGAGGCGAGUGUGAAGACGCUGGCCGAAGCCAAGGCAACGUGGCGCAAGAAACUCAGCGCAAAGGAGGGCGAGAUUGAAGCCUUACAGGCUACGAACGCCGCAUUGCAGUCCGCCGUUGUUACUCGCAAGGGCAAUCAGGCAGAUUCGAUGGAGAUACGAGCGCUCACCGCACGGGCCCAGAACGCGGAGCGACGUGCCAUCAACCUCCAGAAUCAGCUUGUGCAGUCCGAGGAGAAGCUCACUGCAGUAAAUCAGAAGACGACUGUGGCUGACAGCAAGUGGGAGGCGCGCGUCAAAGAGUACGAAACUCGUCUGAAGACCGCCGAGGAGAAGAUCAAGCGGGAGAAGCAGGGAGGGAAGGAGCGGGCCAGCGAGCUCGAGAAUCAGCUGAAGUCGCUACAACGGCAGUUAGAGCUGGCGAACAAACGGACCAGCACCCUGAACGAGAUCAUCGAGACUGCGGGGCUGUCUGCCAAAGGCUCGCCAGCUCUAGGGAAGUGAUGAACCUGCUGUUCCGCCGGUCGGACCAUUUCAUGCUGUCUGGUGCGCGAAUUGUUACCUUCGCUGUCUACACGCUUUCGUUAUCUGCUUGUCAACUGGGUUAUAUCUUGCGCAUAGGUAAUGUAUAAUCACCUCGUAUACCAGCCGCAUGCAUGCCACAUUUACUGUAUCCACUAUCAC